CCGUAAAGAAGAAGCGUAGUCGGAAGCAAACUCAGCGAGACGCCUACCACAGUUAGCUUCCCGAAUAAACAGUGGCAACAAUGUCUGCCUCCAUCGAGACUUUGCUGGAGGAAAUCUCCGGCGUAGAAGACCCAAUUGAGGAGCUACAGUGUCUGAAAACUGCCCUUUUAUCGAUACCCGUCAGCGCUUUGAGGGACUUCAUUAGCGGACAUCGUUUCGAUGUGAUCUUCUCUUUGUUAAACUCCAAUGACAGGGAGCAGGUGGAGCUCUGUGUGGACAUCCUUGAACGCAUCUUAAUGGCCUGCAGCCCUGUGCAUGUCGCCCAGAACUACAGAGCAAGACUGCAGGCAGGUCUGACCCAUCCCAACAAUACUGUGAAGAUACUGGCUUUGACCCAGGUUGGUAGAAUGGUGGAGCACCCUGACGCUGUCACCGAAAUCCUUAACAACCAUGACAUUCUUCAAACAGUCAUCCACUCUAUUGCAGAAGAGAACAUGACAGUGGCUAAACAGGCCAUCCAAUCCCUAUCGAAGCUGAGCCACUCCAAACCUGGUUUGGACAAACUGUUUAAGAGUGAUUUACUGAAAGCUCUGAAAGACGUGAUGGCUACAAGUGACAUUAUCCGAUAUAGAAUAUAUGAACUGGUUGUGGGAAUUUCUUCUAUGUCGCCAAUUUCGCUUGGCUACUGCGCCAACAGCGGGUUAUUGUCUCAGUUGCUCGAGGAACUAACAGGCGAUGACGUCUUAAUAAGGGCCACAUCAAUUGAGAUGGUGACAACUGUUGCCCACACCCAACAUGGCCGACAGUACUUGGCCCAGCAGGGUAUAAUGGACAAGAUUUCCAACAUGAUUAAAGGAGCAGAAACGGAUCCCUUGUCCUCCUUGUAUCUUCCAGGUUUGGUGAAGUUCUUUGGCAACUUGGCCAUCAUGGACAGUCCCCAGCAGGUUUGUGAGAGCUACCCAGUGUUCCAGAAUAAAGUGUUUGAAAUGGCGAUGGACGCGGAUCCCGUGAUGGUCGGCGUUGCUCUGGACACUUUGGGAUUACUCGGUUCUACCGUGGAAGGGAAGCAGGUCCUGCAGAAAACAGGGGACAGGUUUAAUGCGGUGUUGGUAAGGAUAAGCCAGCUCGCCAGCGCUGGCGCAACAGAGCUCAGAGUGCGCAGCUUGGAGGCCGUAUCACAACUCCUCACUCUGCAACCAGAACAACAGACAGAAGAUCUGCUGGCCCUUUCGGAGUCAUGGUUCCGCCUUUUAUCCAAACAGCCUGUUGACAUGAUUCGCAACAUCAGCACUCAGCCGUUCCCAGAGCUGCACUGUGGUGCCCUGAGGGUGUUCACUGCCAUUGGCACUCAGCCAUGGGGUCAGAGGUUAAUGAUCGGCUCACCUGGGUUCAUGGAGUUUAUUCUGGAUCGUUCUACUGGUCAAAGCAAAGAGGCCAAAGAUGCCAAAUUUGAACUGGUGGGCUCACUUUUGAGUUCUUCGACGGCGGCGGAGAUACUUGGCACUCAGAAUUACAUCUCUCUCAAGGCCUACCUGAAAGAGGGACCCUACUAUGUGUCGGCAGUGGCCGCAGUGGGCACCGAAGGAGCAGACUGAGAGUCACUUGACUUCAUGCAAUCAUGUUUACAUACAAGCGGGUUCACACAUUUUCCACAGAAGUACAUCUAACUUUGCACUUAUUAAACUCAUCUAGAAACAGAAAGUAAAUGAUUUAAAUUACAUUAAUUUUAACAUAAAAGAGUGUUACUUUAACUAAGAUUUGAAAGUAGAAAUGGACACAAUACCAAACCAAAAGGCACAGAUUAAAGAUAUUUUUGCUUACAUAAAAUUA